AUGGACUUUGACUUAGAACCUUCUUUAGAAGAAUUAAUUAAGCAAGAUACUUUGAAGUGGAUAUUUGUUGGUGGGAAAGGUGGUGUUGGUAAAACCACCACAUCAUCUUCCAUUGCAGUUCAAUUGGCUUUGCAACAUCCCAACGAUGAAUUUUUAUUGAUUUCAACUGAUCCAGCCCAUAACUUAUCUGAUGCAUUUUGCCAAAAAUUUGGAAAAGACGCAAGAAAAGUUGAAGGAUUGUCCAACUUGUCAUGUAUGGAAAUUGACCCUGAAGCUGCCAUGAGUGAUUUACAACAACAAGCUCAACAAUACAAUAACGAUCCAAAUGAUCCAUUGAAAAGCAUUAUGAAUGAUAUGACCGGGUCGAUUCCAGGUAUCGAUGAAGCCUUGUCUUUUAUGGAAGUCUUAAAACACAUCAAAAACCAAAAAGUGAACGAGCUGGAUGAUUCCACAGACAAGAUUUCCUAUAGAACAAUUAUAUUUGAUACUGCCCCAACUGGACAUACAUUACGUUUCUUGCAAUUACCAUCGACAUUGCAAAAGUUAUUAGGCAAGUUUCAGCAGUUGUCAGGGAAAUUGGGUCCAAUGAUGAGCAUGCUUGGUGGAGGUGGCCAGGGACAACAAGAUAUGUUUGCUAAGUUGAACGAAGUGCAAAAAAAUGUCGAGGAAGUCAAUGAGCAAUUCACCAACCCUGACUUGACGACUUUUGUUUGUGUUUGUAUCUCCGAAUUUCUUUCGCUUUAUGAAACUGAAAGAAUGAUUCAAGAAUUGAUGUCUUACCAGAUGGAUGUGAACUCAAUUGUGGUCAAUCAAUUGUUGUUUGCAGAUGAUGACGAAAACCCAUGUAAAAGAUGUGUGGCAAGAUGGAAAAUGCAAAAGAAAUAUUUGGACCAAAUGGCCGAAUUAUAUGAAGAUUACCAUUUGGUGAAAAUGCCUUUGUUAGGUUCUGAAAUCAGAGGUGUUGAGAAUUUGAAGAGGUUUUCAAAAUUCUUGAUCAAACCAUAUGAUCCAAAAGUUGAUCGUGCAAUCAUAACAGAAAUGAAAGAGCAAUAA